GUACUUGUUGAUUCUCCUCAUCCUAGCCGAUUCAAUAGCAAAUGUUGGUUUUGACUACACUACCUCCCAAGCGGCUCUCAUCACAUACUUCACAUUGCAGGUUAUCAUUCAUUGCACAUUAUUACUCGCCGCAUUCCUCCUCUCCUGGAGCACCUUCCUACAGCGUUUCGGCCUCCUAGGGCUAGCUUUUCGAGAUGCUUGGCCAGUGCUUCUCGCUGGAGCUCUGCGAUUUUGUACUCUUGCUGACA